CUUGCACACAUAAUGCUUAAACUCAGAGUGUACCUCUCAGUCAACAACUGCACCAUGUUUCCUUACAUGUUUCUUCUCCUCAUUGGUCCCCCUUUGACUGGUGGCAUGGACAGUAGUAUUAUUGGAGGGAAAGAGGCUAUAGCUUUUUCCAGGCCAUACAUGGCAUCAGUUCAGAGUGAUAAAUAUCACACAUGUGGAGGGAUGCUGAUCAGAGAGAAUUAUGUUCUGACAGCGGCCCACUGUUUGAAAUACUUAUCUAUUCGAGGCAACAUUGAGGUUGUUCUGGGAGCUCACAUAAUCAACAAGGCGGAGAGGAGCCAGCAGAGGAUCCCAGUGAUAAAACACAUCCAACAUCCUUUGUAUAAAAAGAACAACAAACAGGACUUAAGCUAUGAUAUCAUGUUACUAAAGCUGAAGAAGAAAGCCAAGCUGACUAGAUUUGUGAAUCUUACGCCCCUUCCUAAGAAAAAUGAAAAAACACCAGCUAAUGUUAAAUGCUCCAUUGCUGGUUGGGGGUUAAAAUCCCCAAAUGGAAACGAGGCAUCAAAUGUGAUGCAGGAAGUCAAGCUUAAACUGGAGGAGAACUCAAAAUGUAAAGAAAUGUGGCAGCAUUACUUCAACCCUGAGAUAAUGAUCUGCAGUGUUUCAGAUGGAAAACAUGCUUUUUGUAAGGGGGAUUCAGGAAGUCCUCUUAUCUGCAAAAAAAUACCACAAGGACUUGCUUCAUAUACCAUCGAUGGUGAUUGUACAAAUACAACAUAUCCUCAAGUUUAUACUAAAAUCUCCUACUUCCUCCCCUGGAUUAAUAAGACAAUGGAAAUGAAUGAAUGAAUAAAUAAAUACAUAUACAUUUUUUAUACUUAUUUUAAAUGUUAUAGUUUUCUCUUUUAGACUUUUAACUUUUUUUUAAGGUUUUUAUUUCGCACUGCAACUGUAUAAAUCUCAGUGCAUGUAUUUUUAGCUUUUUUAAGAUGACUAAAAUAAUAAUUGAGUGAUAAGACUUGAAUACUUUGACGUAUUAAUUCAUUUUCGAUGAAACCCCUAGAAAUAACUGCCAUAUACAUUAGACCAUUUGAAGACCACAUGUAGAUAAAAAAUAAACCAGUAAUUCAGUAAUAAUAAUUUCUUAGAAUAUAAUCUAUUUAUAAAUAUAUAGGUUUCAUAUAUGUGCCAUAAUAGCUGCAAGGGC